UUGGAGGAGGGGCGGGAGCGCCGGGCAAAUCGGGCGGGAAGAGGCAAAAAAAAAAAAAAAAAAAAAGGAUUAGGAAGCGCGCUGUGGCGAUUUCUGUUCUCAGGGCGCGGCCCCGGAUCUGCUAUUGCACCAGGAAGGCGGAACGCCCAGAUUGAACCCAGUGCCUCACACAUGCAAGAUGAAGAUAAUGGACAUGUGGAAUGGAUUUAAAUAUUUGUUAGUGCCAAUGGGCCUGGUGGUACACACAUUUAUCUCAGUGGCUUAAGAGGCUGAGGCAGGAGAAUUGCAAGCUUGAGUUUUGUUUUAGGUCUCACAUUGUUUUAGAUGAAGAAUUCAACUGGAUUUGGUUUAUCCAAUUUGACAGUAUCUUUUAAUAGGUAACAGAGACAUAGUAUCUCUUUUAUUUAAAAGAAAUGAGUGUAACUGGUAUUGCUUCAAGAGUUGAAACCUGGCUAUUAGCUACAUGGCAUGUUAAAGUACCUCUAAUGUGGCUGGAAGCUUGUAUUAACUGGAUCCAAGAAGAAAAUAAUAAUGUUACUAUGAGUCAGGCACAAAUAAACAAACAAGUGUUCGAGCAAUGGCUACUUACUGAUCUGAGAGAUUUGGAAUACCCUCUUUUACCUGAUGGCAUUGUAGAACUUCCAAAAGGAGAAUUGAAUGGAUUUUAUGCUCUACAGAUUAAUUCCUUGGUUGAUGUAAGUCAGCCUGCAUAUUCCCAGAUACAGAAGUUGAGAGGAAAGAAUACAAUGAAUGAUCUAGUUACAGCUGAAACACAAGUUACCCCCAAACCUUGGGAAGCAAAGUCUUCACGAAUGUUGAUGCUGCAGCUAACUGAUGGAAUUGUACAACUACAGGGAAUGGAAUACCACUCUGUACCUGCUCUUCAUAGUGAUCUUCCUCCAGGUACAAAAAUUUUGAUUUAUGGAAACAUUUCUUUCCGUCUUGGUGUCCUCUUAUUGAAACCAGAAAAUGUAAAGGUGUUAGGAGGUGAAGUCGAUGCUCUUUUAGAAGAAUAUACGCAAGAAAAAGUACUUGCAAGAUUAAUUGGGGAACCGGAUCCCAUUGUUUCAGUCAUAUCAAAUAAUUCUAACCAGAGCAUUCCCAGAGUUACAGAUGUUCUAGAUCCUGCAUUAGGACCUUCUGAUGAGGAACUCUUGGCAAGUCUUGAUGAAAAUGAUGAACUUGCAACAAAUAAUGACACCUCCUUUGAAAGAUGUUUCCACACAGGUAGUUCCUCAAAUACUAUUCCCAUAAGACAAUCAGAUAUUGAGCCAGGAUUUGUUUCUCCAAGACCAAAGGAGAAACCACCAGACCAAUCUGUGCAUUUCACUGAUGGGGAAUUAGAUGACUUUUCAUUGGAGGAGGCCUUGCUUUUAGAAGAAACUGUCCAGAAAGAACAAAUGGAAGCUAGAGAAUUGCAGACAUUGACUUUGAACAGAAACAAAGAUAAAAGCAUAGAGAGAUUUUCACAUAAACCUAAUACUCUGAAUGAUUUUUCUUUGAUUUACAAACAAGAAAAUAGUAAAUGGAAUGGAGAACAUUUAUCUGAACAAAGGACUCAUGAAGAUAGGUGUUUUGCUUGUCCAUCUGCUAGAGACCAAAACAAUAGUGUUUUUUCGGAUCAUUGUAAUGUACCCUUAGCCCGUGAUUUUACAAGUAAAGAUAAAAAUUCAGAGACAGAUUAUAGAAUAAAACAAAUCAUCAACAGUUCAGAUAAAUAUUCCUUAAAUGACAAAAUAUUAAAUAGAGAGCUGGUUAAUGAUGUAUCCAAAAAAACCUCACAAAUUUCUAGUGAAAAUGGGUUCCAUUUACAGACUUGUUCUUUAAGAUCAUCAGAGAGUAGCUCUGAUCUUUCUACUGGCAUGGAUUUGUAUUCUCCACCAUUUAUCUAUUUGUCUGUUCUAAUGGCUAACAAACUAAAGGAAGUUACUACAGUGAAAAUCAAAGCAUUUAUUGUAACUUUAACUGGAAAUCUCUCAAGUUCUGGUGGCAUUUGGAAUAUUACUGCAAAGGUUUCUGAUGGUACUGCAUACCUAGAUGUAGAGUUUGUAGAUGAAAUACUUACUAGUUUGAUAGGAUUUUCAGUACCAGAAAUGAAACAGUUAAAAAAGGAUCCUCUUAAAUACCAAAAGUUCCAAGAAGGUUUGCAGAAAUGUCAAAGAGAUCUAAUAGAUUUGUGCUGUCUGAUGACUAUUUCAUUUAAUCCUUCCUUGUGUAGAGCAGUGGUACUUGCAUUACAAGAUGUUAAUAUGGAACACCUUGAGAACCUAAAGAAGAGGUUGAAUAAAUAAUUUACUAAAAUAUGUUAUAUGUUUUUUGUUGUUUUGUUUUUGAGACAAUGAGUUGCUGUGACAUCCAGGCUCCCCUUAAACUCAUGAUCCUUACCCUCAGCCCCCUGAGUAGCUGGGAUUAUAGGCUUGUGCUACUGCACGAAGCUUUAAUAGUAUUUAAGAGCAAUUCAAAACAAGGAAAUAUGUAGAAUUUGUUCACAAUUUUAUUUUUGAAACUUUCUUUUUUUUUAAAAUAUUAUUUUAGUUGUAGGUGAACACAGUACCCUUCAUUUAUUUAUUUAUUUUAUGUGGUGCUGAGAAUCAAACCCGGU